UUUACAAACUCAAAUGACUCAUAGAGGAAAAGACUUCAGACUUUAGUGGGCAGAAGCACUUUAACAAACCCAUCAGUAUCAAAAGUGAAAUGAAUCGCUGCACAUCACUUCAUUGAUAUCAGCUCAAACCUUCUUCACUUGCCAGAUUUACACACCUGAAUAAAUUAAGUAAAAGUUUGAUUUAUCAUAAAGGUGAAAAAAGUGCUCAUCAACAGGAAAUGAAAAUCAAAGGUCCUCUGGCAGUUUUGUUCCUUUUGCUGUUAGCCAUGGUCAGUGCUACAGAAGACAUUGGCUCAUGCUAUGGAAUUAGCAUUGGCACUAUAGCAGGCAUUGUUUUUGGUGAUGUUGCCCUGACGGUUCUUGUUGUUACUACAACAUACUGGUAUGCCAGCAAACGCAGACAAAAGAAAGAGAACGCUGAUGAAGUUUACAUGAAUGUCAGAGCAAACUGCAAAUCAUGAGGACUUUCAGAAAAUUAACAUCAACAAUAAGACUUAUGAAAUGACAUGAUGUAUGUUUAUAGCCUAUCACUGUUGCCAUGUAAAUACAACAAGAUCGCCUUGUAAUGCGAUGUUUAAGCCAUGUAAAAAUAGCCUGAAAACUUUUCAAUGAGUAAUAACAGUGUAAGAAACUAGUCAUAUGAGUAAUGUCUUAACAGCAAUACAGUAAAAGAAAAAGUGUGCCAUCUUGUGGGUUUUUCUCAGUAAGCUCAGGUUUACAAUCUUUAUAUCCUUCCUAUAGAAGUGUAUGUUUUGUGUAAUAGCUUAUAAGAAGCCUUUGUUUUUCAUGAUUUUAUUAAAUAAAGAAUGUAUGCAUUGUUUUAUACAGAUGUCAAUAUAAUAUAUACUUAUACCUGGAGAUGUUUCAAACAAAAUAUUCAGUCUUUGUUUGGACAAGGUUUAUUAGAUUAUGAAGAAGUCUAUAAUUUGAAUCUUUGGUGACUCUUUCUCAUAGCACAAGCCAUCAUUUAUAGCUUAAUAUAUUCAAGAAUUGGGUGUGGCAAUGCUUAAACUGAAUGCAUUAUGUGUUUAUUGUGAAUGUGUAUAGGCAGUUUACAUUUGUGUUAUCUAAUAAUCUUGGUCUUUUGCAAUCAUGACCACAAAGCAAGGCAAAUGCUUCAUCUUGUGUAAAGUUGCUCAUUGUAUUAAAACAUAGCUUUUGUCUUAGAUGUGUGUAUUAUUGUAUGUUGCUAGAUAUGAGUGUACCCAAUAAGUGCAGUGAGUGUUUGCAGGAAUCUCCCAGAAAUUCCUAUCGAAAACAAGCACAAGACUGUGACUGUGAAAAAGAGGAACAUGGGAAUUUUUUUCCACAUAAAUGUAUCAAGAUUUUCAGAAUCAGAAUCUCCUAUGUGCAUGUCUCAUACAAUUUAUUAGCUUUCUGUAACCAUACAGUGAAGUAUUAUCAGUUCCAUUUGAUACCUUAAACAGUAUUUACAUCUACAGUUUAUGACUGGGCCUGGUUAUAUUUAAUAAUGCCGCAUUAUAAACAAUGAAGAGUCUUAUCUUA